AGCUAGAUCAAGUCUUAGCACGCUGCCAAGAUCAGUCUUCAGAGAACUUCCCAGCACGGGCUGAGAUGAGGAGGGAGUCGUCAGACAUUUGUGUUUCGUAGAUAACGUGCCGUUCUCAAAUGUCGAGAACCAGUUCAAGAUUGCAAUUAGUCAAUUAGUCACUGGGCUAGUAUGGCAUGGUUAGCCCCCUUUCAGCCACUCAAGCCAUAUGAAUACCCAGAUCUCCGCUUUAAACCAGGGGUAUUUCGCGUCAUCAAGCUUCUUCCGCCUACUAGAUCCUGGUUUCCGCCUUUCAGAGAGACAUUAAAUAUUGAGAUCCUCGAAGUCAACGUCGACGAUGCAACCGACCAAUAUGAUACUCUCUCCUACUCCUGGGGCGACAGUCCUAUAAACAGGACAGUGGUUAUCUCACACUUUGACCACAGCGGGGCAAAGGCAAAGUAUGCUACCAUACGUAUAUCUGCCUCUCUUGAGUCGGCAUUGCUCAGUCUGGCUCGCAACUGCGAUACCGAGGACUGUCGCCCUAUAUUUGCUGACCAGAUCUGCAUCAACCAGGCUAGCAAUGUCGAGAAAAUUGUGCAGGUAAGGCUUAUGGGCCUCAUCUAUUCUAGGAGCAUAAGGACGAUAGUAUGGCUCGGUGAAGGGACGACGGAGACUCGUCGUUGUUUCGAUUUCUCGUCUGAGAUCAACGGCAAGGGGGUCUUGAGUAGGGUGAUGGGGCCGAAUGUAGCACACUACAUGAACGUUUUUGACGCAAUCAUGGAACCCAGCCUAGAGCUUAAAACAAACGCCGAGCGAGAAGAUCGCGACGACCUCAUAGAUCUUAUUACACGUUAUGGCACCCUUUUCCCUCUUCGUGGUUUAACAGAGAUACUUCAUCAUACAUGGUUCAACCGCCUGUGGACAGUACAGGAGGGAUGUCUUCCCACUGGAUUGGUAUUUAGAUGCGGUGAUAGAUCACAGUGCUAUGACUGCAUCCGAGGCCUUUUGCUCUUUUACUCGAUGUGGAACACCUAUUGGCUGGGAAUGCCGAAAGGACCUGUCGCCAAAGAGGAACUCCGCCUGCGGAAUGAAAUAUUCACACUCAACAAACCCCUACUUCAACUAGUCAAGGAACGAAAAGCGAUACAUACAACUCGGUCGACUCGAAGGGCUCUCAAUGAUAUUGUUAUUCAGUAUAAUGUCAACGAUAGGGUGCCUAAAAUAGGUGCAUCGAGAGCUGAGGAUCGUAUUUACGCGCUCCUAGGUCUGGCAAGAAACGACGAAAUGACGAGGGAGAUCACGGAGAGUAUGGAGGUCAAUAACGUAAAGGGCAGCUUCACUAAAUUUGCGGCUUCUGUUAUCAAGCGUAAUGUCGAUGUGCUCCUCUUCUCGCAAUGGCCUAAGUCCAUAGAACAUGGACAUCAAUUACCCUCUUGGGUGCCUGAUUGGGCGAUGGAUCCUUUGAGGACACCUCAUGGAUACUCGGAUCUGGCGACGCCCGUCUAUUGCGCGGGAGGGCGUGGAAACAGUCAUGACAUAGUAACUGAUGUGUCAACGGGGGUUCUACGACUUAAUGCUUUCUCUGUUGGACGCGUUAUACGGGUGGGCGUAUGCAGUAUUGAGCAGGACAAGGAUGUUGCUGUUGAGAGUAUCGAAUAUAUGUCUGUGAGGGCCUUUUUCGACGAAAUUGACAACUUCGUCGAACUUGCUGCAGAUAUGAAUGCUACGCAUCCCCUAAGUACUGCAAACGAGGACCACCGACUCGAGCUAGCGGUUCGGCUUUCGGACGGCGGUCUUUCGGCACGACAAUUCCCAGCUCAGUUUGACCCAUCCACAGCAAACUCGACAUUGCAGAAAAUACAUGUCACCAUUUCGCAGUGGGGUAAGAAGCGUACAGAUGUUGAAGCUAAAAAACGGUCGAUGAGCAGCUUUACUGGCAUGAUUCGCAGUGCUGGAAUCAUGCCAUGGUAUUGGACCCCAGCGAGUGAAGUCGACGUGAUUCGCUUAUGUGCUACAGAUCCUAUAGCAGCUGCUAGGCUGUGGAUCCAAGGAGUCUUGUGUACGAUGUCCGAUAUGGGAUGGGUGAUCUGGUAUGUCGCGAAGCUGCGACUCCAUACAGCCAUAAUACGAGUCCGUCGGACUCUGACCAAGCAGUAUCUUACACGCCCAGACCGCAAUCCUGCGCUCGAAAACGUUGGGUUGCCAACCGACCUCGUCUACUCAAAAGAAUGGGAGCUGUACACGAGCAAUCUAUUCAAGAAUAUGGGUCGGAAACUGUUCCUGACGGAUACGGGCUAUAUCGGUCUCGGACCUGAUCAUAUGAAGCCUGACGAUAACAUCAUUGUGGUACCUGGUAGCACUGUUCCUCACGUACUACGAAGACGGCGUACCUCGAGUUCAUUGGAUGGCUACUCAAGCAAUAAUGAUGUACUUACAUGUUCAUAUGUAGGAGAAGCGUACUGUGACGGCGUGAUGGAUGGUGAGUUGAUAAUGGUGGAAGGGAACAAGACUCAAGUAUUUGAGAUAGCCUAGUAUAACGCCUAGUUUUGGCAAGUUUUCUACACUUGACGCUACACGCCCAGAUAGCCAAAUCAUUCACACUGGCCAAGUAGAAGAAUAACUAGAACCGCAAGGUAUCAGCGCGACAAAAUCCACCAAACC